AGAUCAGAUGGGCGGAUCACCCCUACGUAUGAAUGGUCUCGUCCAGACGCCAUAGUAACCACUCUGUUGAGAAACGCAAGAUGGCGGACAGCGAAGAUACUGCAGCGGACACUGCAGAAGUGGACCCAGAAUCAGGUCAGUCUGAGACUAGUGCCGCCUCAGGUAAGGCAGACGGUGUGCCAGUACGCAAGUCUAAAAACCUACAGGAAGCAACUCAGCAUCUGAAGGAAGAGGCUCUACGUCGCUUUGUCCUGAAAGGAGGAGAGGAGGAGCCUACAGAAAAGGGCCCUGCUGGUCCUGGCGAAGAUUCAACUAUGCUGAAGAGUGGCAGUCCUAGGGAUGGGAAUGACCAGAGCAGCAAUGCUCAUGCUCCGUCUGCAGACAAAAGUGCUGAUGGCUCACACACCGUAGACAACAUCAAAGGUUCUGAUGCUUCAGCUGACAAAGGUUUCGAAAGUAUGCAAGAAAAUGGCCACUCAGACGAGGGUGCUCUUCAGUCCCAUACAGUCAAUGAAGGUACAGAAGGUACCGUCGCCCAUCAAGAUACCCAUGUAAUCAACAAAGAUACCAAUGAUACCUACGCUAUCCAAGAAGAUGAUGCCCAUACUACUCCACAAAGUGGUGUAGCAGUACCUGCUCCAGUGGAGGUUCCUGCUGCAGAUACUGGCACUUCUAGCAGUUCUGAUAAGCAGGAUGCAACACGUAUGGCUGGCGUUUCACAGCCACCAGGAAAGUCAGGCCAGUCCAACGCCCCAGCAGAUGGAAACACUGAUGUUGUAUCUAGGAAGGAAGAAGAUCCUGGGGCUCCCAGCGCUCAGGAAAACCAGGACGGAAGUACGGCCCCGCAGCAGCAAACAGGUUCCCUCUCACAUGACAACCACCCAGAGACGAUUCCUGCUGGUAGGAUUUACUGGAUAGCCAAUCUCUGCACAUACGGAGCUGAAUACGCACUAAUCACUGCACCCCAAUCAGCAGCAUCACAAUCUGCAUGCCUCCCACUUUUGCGCACUAAUCAUCCCAAUCCUUGUGCAAUAAAUUGAUUUGUCGCAUGGUUAAUAUUAGCAUAAGUUGCAUGAAAUAUGAUCAUAUGGUCAACUUUGGGUACCUGGUGCAAUAUUUUUCUAUGGUAGUUGUACUAGAUUCCUGCCUAAAAUUCCUUCACAACCUAGUCUAAGCAUUCCCUUCUAAGCACCCCUGCACCCACAUUCAUUAACCUGUCACGAUCCACUUAUCAAUGAACUCUACCAUCACCAGCUAUCACAACUUAUCACCGUUCUCAAUGCUACUGUACAUGUGCCACAAAACAAGCCUUAUGUGCAAGUCAUGUGCAUUGCAUUUUAUCCACUUUCUUCCAGUGCAUGUUAAACAUAAGCAUGACAAGCCAUAUUAAUAUUCAAUAUUGUCGCAAGUGCAUGACUCAACUACCACAGUCAAACAAGUAACACUAACAGAGAACAAAUAUGCCCCCUUCUUCCCAGUUCCAGACAGUGUUCCUCAAAUCCCCAAACUUUAUUGAAGCCUGUGGAGUCCGCAAUUCAUUUCCCUUCUCCCUUACCUUAUCUUCCCUUGUACAUGCAUUUUCAACGUUUAUAGGAUAAACACUGUGGUUGUUAGUCAUCCUUAUUAGUCACAUAUAAUGAAUGUAAAAUG